AAUGCUUAGUUUUUACCGACUUGUCGUUGAAUGCACAUAUUAACAGUUCGUGAGUCAGCUUCUAGCUUAGAGCUGAAAUAACCUUUGACAUAGGCAGUCGUUUCAUUAAUUUGUGAGACAUGAUAGUGUACUGGGAUCUUAAGUAUAUUAAAUACUAUACUUCUGUUCAUGUAAUUACUACGUUUCUUCUAAUAUUAGGUACAAGAUGUUGCGAUGAGGAAGAUUUAAAAUUUCCGGAAGGAUUCCUGAUUGGAGCUGGAUCAUCAGCCUAUCAAAUUGAAGGAGCUUGGAAUAUAAGUGAUAAAGCAGAAAGUAUUUGGGAUCAUUUCACUCAUGAUCCAGCUUCUGGAGUUUAUAACAAAAGCACUGGAGAUGUGGCUUCUAAUUCAUAUUACCUCUACAAAGAGGACAUAAAACUUCUAAGUCAAAUUGGGUUCGAUUUUUACCGUUUCUCAAUAAGCUGGUCACGAAUUUUGCCCAACGGUUUUGCAAACAAUAUUAGUCAGGAUGGUUUGAAGUACUACCAUAAUUUACUAGACGAACUGAAUUCAAAAGAUGUGAAACCAUUUGUCACAUUAUACCACUGGGAUCAUCCACAAGUACUUGAGAAAUUAGGUGGUUGGACUAACGAACUAAUGGUACAAUGGUUCACCGAUUACGCCAAAGUUGUAUUUAGAGAACUAGGACCGAAAGUAAAAGUUUUCAUAACCAUUAACGAACCCUACAGUUUGUGUUCAUCUGGUUAUGGAGACUCUUAUUUUGCUCCAGGUAUGAAUUUGCCAGGAGUCGCGAAUUACAUCUGUGGUCAUAAUAUGUUAAAAGCUCACGCCAACGUCUAUCACAUGUAUCAUGAAGAAUUUAAGGAGGAUCAAAGAGGACUAAUUGGAAUAGCAAACGAAUGUAAUUCCUUCUUCGCCAAGAAUCAAACCGAUACAUUACAAGACGAAGCAUUUCAAUUUACUUGUGGCUGGUUUUCUCAUCCGAUAUUUUCCAAACAAGGGGAUUACCCAGCGGUGAUGAAAGCAUUGAUAAACCAUAACAGCAUUCGUGAAGGAUGGCAAAAUUCAAGAUUACCAAUCUUCAGCAAAAAAUGGAUCAAUUAUAUCAAAGGCACAGCAGACUUUUACGCUCUAAAUCACUACACCUCUAGAAUUGUAGAACGUGGCAACAAUGGGAGAGUUGAAAAUAAAUGGUACGAUCUAAAAGCAACGUUUACCCUCGAUCCAAAAUGGCCCAAGGGAAAGAGUUCCUGGUUAGCGGUAGCUCCCGAGGGUUUACGCUACAUACUCAAGAAAUUAAAAUCAGAAUACGGAAAUACGUCGAUCUACAUUAUAGAAAAUGGAUUUUCGGAUGAGGGUCAAUUGGAGGACACAAAAAGAGUGGAGUACUAUUUUUUCUACUUGAGGGAAAUGUUGAAAGCAAUUCAUCAAGACGGAUGUAAUGUAAAGGCCUAUACUGCAUGGUCUUUACUAGAUAAUUUUGAAUGGACUAGUGGAUACAGUGAACGCUUUGGAAUCAUUCAUGUGGAUUUUAACGAUUCAACGAGAAAACGAACGGCGAAAUAUUCUGCAAAUUGGUUUAAAGAUUUAUUGAAAUUUCGUCAACUUUCCCUCAAGUAUACUUGAGUCGAAUAAAUUAUUAAUUACUGAUUA